AGAAAAGUUCGGACUUGUAUACAUGGAUUGGAUCAUUUCUAUCAGUUGCCACUGUCUGCAGAGCUCGAUAUACCAAUACUCGUAUCUGAUCACUGUACGUGCUCUGGUGUAUACAGAAAUGUUGUAUGCUCUGCAACUCUCAGACUCUACGGUUCAGGCUUGCCAGCCUCAGGCUUCUUCAGUCGGAUUCAACGUCAUCACAUGCACACGUGGUCUCUUCUCCUGUCAAGAGAGUCCCAGCGAGCCAGCAUAAGGUGAUCCAGUCUUGCGCUUCAUAAAUCUUGCCUUUUGGGCGGGCAAUACAGUCCGAAGAGGUUGCUCCUAUGCUACACACUCCGGCCAGCACCACAGUCACCACUGCAGCCAAUCUGACAUAAAGUCAACCCAAACACUAUCCAUAUUGGGGGUGGCCUGACGUUGCUGCUGGGACGAACGACGACCAUCAGGAUGGUGGAAAGGAUCAAGAAUGUCAUAUGCCGAAUCGCCGCCGUUCACAGUUGCAUGCGGCACAUGCAGGGGAUGAGGAGCCUGCAGAGCCAACGCAUUCUGUUCAAUGGCGGAGAAGAUGCGCUCCAGCCACGAGAAAAAGUUGUAAGCGUUCAAAGUGGGAUCGAUCAACGCUUCGGCCCUGAGACGGUCCAACUGCGCCCGAAACCGGGAAAUCAUCCUCGUUGUGCACGGGGUUCGAUCUUCGGCCGUCAGACCGACUGGUGCAGAGACGACAGCCGACACCUCCAGCCUCGGAAGAAGAUACAGAUAUGUCAAGAUGGGAGCCCACUCAAUGAGUCCAAACAUGACCAGAUAGACCGGUCCUUGGUCGAGAAUAUUGCGCAGCUGAGCCUGGAAGAGGUCCAAGCAGCUGACGAUAUCCGUUGGCGAAGGUGCCUGGUGGUGUCCACCGAGCGGCUUGAGCAGCAGGUAAGUGGAUAUAAAGUGGUAACUCGAUUUUACCACACACGGAGUGCUGGCACGUAAGUACUUGCUUUCCCAUAAUUUCAACGCCGUGGCCGCGUGACAGUCGCAGGGCUGCAGUAUCUCCUCAUUCUCGAGGGCAUUUAGGGACGCCCGGUGCUGGGCCGCGAUGUGCAUCAGCUCGAUGAUUCCCGGCCCUUCGAUGUCGAGGGGAAGUGGCAUGAAUGACGACCGAGCCAAUAUAUCUGCUGCAUUCCGCAAACUGCGUAUGCAAUGCAUGUUCUCGGGUCGGUCGUAACCGAGAACAGCGGCGCCACAGUUAAGGUAGUACGCGAGUGAGAAUGCUCGGAUUUCGUUGAGUUCGUCCAAUGACUGGAUCGGGUGCAUGUCUCCAUUAUCCUUGUGGUUUUCGGCUGUGGAAGCAAAGCUCUUUGCGAGUCCGAGGUCGGCAGCCAUUGCGAUGGCCAGCUGUAGCAGUUGAUAGAAUUGCUGUGUCCUCGGGUCGAACCUGUGUUGAUACCAUGCAAGACAGGUGAGAAGUGCUUGAAACAGCUCAAGACUGCGUUCUCCCUUCACAAUGACCCUAUCUGCGAGGACAGUACGGAAGAUCGUGUCUGCUUGCCUCUGGAGGUCAAGAUAGCAGCUGCUUCCGGCGACUAUCAUUGCCAGCAGCAGUACUGGAUGCCAUUUGAAGACGAGGUCCUCAAGCGGCCAGUCUGGCAAGAUCAAUGCGAAUGGUACUGCUGGAACCAGCCGCUUGCUAUAAUGGCCCAGAAUCGUAAGACACCGUUCGUGGGUCAUGGCUUCGAAGGCGGCCCAUUCUCUGCUCUGGUAAUGCUCAAUGUGCAGCUGCUCGAGCAAUAUCUGGCCGAAGGUCCGGACGGACGGGUCGUCCACCCCAGCUGGUAUUCUGGGUUCAGCUGGAUUCGUGCUGUCCAGUUUAUCCGUUGCAAGGACAUUUUGUUGAUGCUCCUCUGGCAGAGCAGACCCUGGGCUAUCGAUAACCUUAUCAACAAACCUGUAGCCUCCUCUCCUGUCGAUAGGUCAAUUGAUCCAGAUCCAAGAACUCGAAGCGAUGAUCUUGCCAUGGUCCAUACCUUCUCGAUGGUGCCCUUCUCUUGAUUGGCCGGUGCGGUACACAAGUGGUUCGGGAACUCUCACAUCUUGCCAGAGUCAGCCACGGGAAUGCAACGAGAGAAAGUCACCCUCAUACCGCUUGCAAGUAUCCGUUGUGCUGCCUGGCAAGCAGCGCAAUUUGCGAGCACGACAAGCCUCACAUGCUUGUUGGCGCCGACUGCUCAUCCCAGAACCCUAGUCCGGCUGGGCACUUCGAAGGAGAAGCCGAACAGCCAAUCAUCAGACCAGAAAAACAAUUUCCUUCCCCAGAGCAACAGAAAAGAGAAAGUGGUGAAGUUCGAGGGACGCGGAGAGAAAUCUCGGAACCUCGGAAGAUGAAAUUUACCCAAAUGGGUGAGUCUUGCUCCGCAAAUCCGCGCCCUUGAUUGGCUGAAGUCGAGGCUCUCCACCUGGUGCGCGAUAACCGGGGGAGAGUACUCUUUCUCGCUUCGUCUUUUGUUUAACCUCGAUGUCUGAGCCGUUGGAAGGGAGUCUUUGAAGUCAGAUAGCUAGGUCAGGGUGUAGAUAUGGCAUUGAGAGCAUUCGGCCGCCGAUUUCGCGUGGGAAUCUGCGAACGCUCCUUAGGAUUGCACGCAUCGCGAUUCCAAAAGGCACAACCGUUUCUGUCGGCUCGGCCGAUACUUAGCACUGUACAAUGGAGACCUUCCACGACAUCCUCAAAGCCUGAUACAAAGCCGCCGCAGAUCGAGAGCAUCACAGCAGCCCAGCAUGCAGAGUACCUUGCCUCACGCCGGCGCGAACGUCCCGUCAGUCCGCAUCUGGCCAUCUACCGGCCACAAAUCACAUGGGUCUCGGGGGCGACCAUGCGCAACGUUUCCAUGUUCAUCGCGGCACCCAUCUACAUCUUCGGCGCAGCAUACCUGGUAUCACCGCUCUUCGGAUGGCAUUUGGACACCACAAGCAUGGUGGAGUGGUUCGGCGCCUUGCCCUGGGGUGUCAGGACGGCCACAAAGGCCGUAUUUGCCUGGCCAUUCAUGUUUCACAUCGUUCACGGAAGUAGACAUCUGAUUUGGGACACGGGCGCCAUGCUCACCAAUCGACAAGUGAUUAUUUCAGGAUGGUUGGGGUGGGGUCUUAGUGUAGUGUUGGCAGUUGGACUGGUACUUUUGUAAGGUCCAUGUGUGCAGCUGGGCGGCUUUUUUCAAGAAUAUCCUGUCGACGAAACAUGGAGACAUAUUUUGCUUUGGAGACGGGCAGAAAAAGAAAGACACAAAUAUGUGUAUUCGACCGCUGGAGCGGUCUCAGUGAGCCGAGUCAAGCACGACCAAGUUCAGCAGGUCAAUGGGGAUCUCUUCAUCAACUCGACGUCCCUAGAUCUCCUUACACUUACUCAAUCAUUUUCCUCUUCUGUGCCAUCCUGGGCAGCAGCCUGUGCAGCCCCAGCCUUGUCAAUCUUAUGCCUGCGUUCUCGCGUGUCACAGCCCAGCCACAGCAGAUCGGGCCUGCUGUAAUGACCACAGAUGUCCAAGAAGCUGCGAGCCAUAAGGGCCAUGUUGGGGUCGAUGUCUGCAAUGACAAGGCCUUCCGUGGACGGAUCAAGAGGUUCUGUGAGUCGGCGGCCGUCAGGUCCAAUGACCGCCGAGUAGCCGCCACCUGGCUUGUUCAUAAGCAUUGAUUGAGCCGUUGACAUGGCGUCAACCCCUUUGGAGCUGAUGACUGUGGUGGCGUGCAACACGAACGUCUGUGUUUCGAUGGCGUACGUUUGGGCAAGGCUGAGGCACCCUACAGUGAUAAAAAACCAAUAUCUGGUCAGCAUAUUGAUUGACUCGGAGCGACGUAAGCUAUGGAUAUCAUGGAACAAGGGAACGAACGUGUCGAGAAUAUCAGCAGGCAAGACUGAACUUUUGUCGGUCAAAGGGCCAUGCACAAUCGAUUUUGGGAACGAGAACAAGUAUGAUCAAGAAGACUUACCCUCUGCCGACAUCGACCACAGCUCAGGUCCAGAAUGGGGCGAUAGUGGCGGCCACCCGGCACAGUGGAUCUCCUCGCGCUGUGUGGCAGUGUGAUACUUGAGCAAAGGCUGGCAAUGCUCCCAACAGGCCAGAGCACCCACUCGCUUCCCAAUCUUUGUUUGGGCCACGUUCGUUAGACUGUCGCCUGAUGCAUCCCCAAAGAUGGUGCGUUCCAUAUGCGUAGGUUUGAGUUUUCGUCGCUUCAUGAGCAGCUUGCCAUCAGAGUCAAUCAGCGCCUGAGCUAUGUAGACGGAGUUGUGGUCGUUUUCUGAAAAUCCCAACGACACCACAACACCAUUCUCGGCAGCGCACUGUUGGAUUGUUCGCAUCUCGUCUGAGUCGACGGCCAGAGAGUUUUGGAUGUACUUCGUCGACAAAACUGGGUCAAGGGGUCGCUGCCUGUUCGAUCAAAGGUCGUUUUGUCAGACAGAUAUCAGAAAGCGCGCUAUGACCAAGCCCAAGUCC